AAAGAAAACAGCGAAUUCUAUUCCUAUAAUCUGAUGCGUGGUUUUUUCCGUUCACAAUUUUCUCUUUCUCUCUCCUCACACCAAACUGCAACAGCUUCCUCCAUUCAUCUCAUUACUUUCUUAUUUGCGGAGUUUCAUUUGUGUCUUUCUCUCUGAUCUUUCACGGACUCCUGUUCGUUUUGCUUUGUCAACCUAUUUUGCAAAAAAGUUCUCUUUUUUUUGGCCCCUUUUUUGGUUUCUUAAACGCGUUAAUCAUUCUGGUUUUGUUGGGUCAAUGGGGUAUCAAUUUCUAGAAUCACGGCUUCAGAUUUUGGGGUGUGGGGGUUAUUGAUUUGGGUUGAAGGAAUGUAGCUGGAGGAGGUGGUUUUGUGCUCUGAAUAAGAAUUUCAUCCUCAUUGAUGGGGAUGUUGUAAAUUUAUUAAAUUUGAUUCAUUUCAUUUACCCUUUGUCCUGGAUACGCUGAAUUUGAUGACUUGAUUGUGAAAUCUCAUUGGAUUUGGGUGGAUAGUUGAAGAAAGUUUGGAUUUUUUACUCUGGUGAAUCUGUGGAUAAUCGGUUUGGUUUGGUCCUUCUUUUUCCCUCUCCAUUUGGGAUUGUUCACAAUCACUUGUUGAAUUGGGCACAAAUCUAAGAAGAAAAUAUCCUUGCAGUUGCUGGCUGUAGCUGUAUUGAAGGUUAUUUCAUUAUGGAGCAUGUGAUUGGUGGGAAGUUUAAACUGGGAAGAAAAAUUGGGAGUGGGUCUUUUGGGGAGCUCUAUUUAGGUGUUAAUGUACAAACUGGAGAGGAGGUGGCUGUAAAGUUGGAACCUGUAAAGACCAGGCAUCCACAGCUUCACUAUGAGUCAAAAUUGUACAUGCUUCUUCAAGGAGGAACGGGGAUUCCCCACCUCAAAUGGUUUGGAGUUGAGGGAGACUACAAUGUCAUGGUUAUUGACCUUCUUGGACCAAGUCUAGAAGAUUUAUUCAAUUAUUGCAACCGGAAGUUCUCAUUGAAGACAGUGUUAAUGCUUGCUGAUCAAUUGCUUAACAGAGUUGAAUAUAUGCAUUCAAGAGGUUUCCUUCACCGUGACAUAAAGCCAGACAAUUUUCUAAUGGGCCUAGGACGAAAAGCAAAUCAAGUGUACGCCAUUGACUAUGGCCUUGCUAAAAAAUAUAGGGAUCUUCAGACUCAUAGGCAUAUACCAUACAGGGAAAACAAGAACCUUACAGGCACAGCACGCUAUGCAAGUGUCAACACUCAUCUUGGCAUUGAACAAAGCAGAAGGGAUGAUCUGGAAUCUCUUGGUUAUGUGCUCAUGUAUUUCUUGAGAGGAAGUCUUCCUUGGCAGGGUCUGAAGGCUGGCACCAAAAAACAAAAGUAUGAUAAAAUCAGUGAGACGAAGGUGUCAACUCCCAUAGAGGUGCUGUGCAAGUCAUACCCCUCUGAGUUUGUAUCAUACUUCCAUUAUUGCCGAUCAUUGCGGUUUGAGGACAAGCCAGAUUAUUCAUAUUUAAAGAGACUUUUCCGAGACCUGUUUAUUCGAGAAGGCUAUCAGUUUGACUAUGUUUUCGACUGGACAAUGUUGAAGUAUCCACAGAUUGGUGGCAGCUCUAGAGGGAGGCUUGGAGCUGGCAAGGCAGCUAUGAAUGCAGGUCCACCUGUACAAAAACCAGAAAAGAUCUCAGUUGGGAAAGAGAUUCGAGAGAAACUCUCUGGUGCGGUUGAAGCAUUCUCCCGGAGGAACCCUGCAAGUCCUGGUCCUCGUGGUGAUCACACCAAACAUAGGACUUAUGAGGAUGUACCUGUACAGAAGGAUUUGCAUUAUGCCCAACAUAGUUCCACUCGAUAUGGCAGCAGUUCAAGAAGAGCCAUGAUCUCAUCAAACAAGCAAAUUUCCUCAAGUGAUUACACUGGCAGGCUAGCCUCAAGUGGUAGCCGUCCAUCUGGUGCUCAUAGAAUUCAACCUGUGUAUGACUCCAAACCAGCAACUUAUACACGCAGUGGCUCUACAAGAGGCCACCGUGAUGAUCCUCUGCACAGCUUUGAGCUUCUCUCUAUUAGGAAGUAAUCAAGUAAAGGGUGUGUCAUUUUGUUGUCAUUUCUGAAUUCUGACACACCUGAGAUGCAAGAUCAGCUUUUAUUCAAGAGUAGUCUCAAGCAUUAUGGACAGAAACCGAAGAAUCAAGUUCAUAUGGAUAUUAAUGAAUUAUCUAUGGAGUCAUAAUGGCAUGAUCUCCUGACAUCUUUUUUGGACCAAGGUGGACUUUUUUCUGCCCUCCAAAAUUCCUUCAGAAGGUUUCUCAGUCACUGUAACGUGGUUCUUAAAAUGUCAAAAAAAUAACUGAGGUUUUUUUUUUAUAUUUAGUUUCUGUACUAGAUGAAACUUGAGUUAUAGUAAGUUUUAUGAUACACUAUUUGUUUGUUAAACAAUGAGGUCCAACGCUACCUGUAUGUUAUUUAACACUUUUCCUUAAGAAUGAAAUUCAUUGACAAGCUAGAUUUGGUUACAAACUAGCUAUUUCAACAAUA